UUUCGCACUUUAGUGUUUGAUCCUGAAAUUAAUUUGUGUGUGAGUUCUGAUCUCUGUAAUUUUGUGUAAAAUUCAAUGACUUUACCUGUUCUAAUGCCUUUUUAUUUUCUAUUUUCUAUUUUUUUCUUUGAGCUUCUGCUUGUUGGGCAUUUUGGGUUCUAUUUUUCGAUUUCACAGUCGACUGGAAAUAUUGAGGGGAGGGAGAGAGAAAUUGCUCUGUUAUCACUACGCUUCUAUAUUUUCUACGGGUACUAUGAAUUGGGACCCGACAAUCCACCAUACGCUGCCAAGUUCUACAACUGUUGUGGGGCUGCACGACCAGUUUCCAUGUUUCGUAUGAUGACGAUUGAUCCAUUUGUCAUCGGUUUUCUUAAAGGAUAAAUCCAAGCGAUAAUGCCCUUUCUGAUGUAUGUGCAAAUGUUAACACUUUGUAGUCAUCAAUUCUUCGUUGUGUUUAUGUAUUCUUUGAGUUGGUUGAUACAAUUAAAUUUAUCUCUGAAUCAGUGUUGAUAAAUGUUUGCUAGACGCUCUAAAUGCUUGAGGAAAAAUGAGAGUACUAUAGAAGGCUGCUGCAAAAGGGUAAGAAUAGCUGCUGAGAGCUACUACAAUUUUUGUUAAUUAAGGGUCGACAACUUACUUUGGCAUUUGUAAUCAUCAAUUCUUGACUCGAGCAUUACGUAUGAAGAAUGGAGUUGUAUAACUUUUGGAGUUAACAUUUUGAGAAAUAGCUUUAAAUUUUUGUUUUCAUUUUGCUGAUUUUCGAGGUGGUUGUGGGAAGCAGUUCUUUUGAACCAGAUUAAUUGUUUCACUGAUUGCUUGUUGAUUGUGUUUUUGAAUUUUGGGAGUCGAUCUUAAAAUGUAGUGGGCUUUUAAGAGAUUCGGGGUUUUUCCAAAUCUGAAUUUGGUACGUGUGUGUGUUGUGCUAAGGUUGAAUUUGAAUUUUGCUGAUUGGUUUCUUAUCGGCUCACUUCACCCAUCUCUUGGUUAUUUGAAUUCUUUAGAGAUGCUUGUAUUGAUUUGUGAUUUUGUUGGAUUUACUCUGGUGAAAUUUGUUCAUCUGCACUGGCUGAUUUUAGGCCGCGACUCCAUUCUUGUUUAUUACUAAGUCUUAAUGGUGUAGGGUAUAUGUAAAUGAAUUCAAUUAGAACUCACUUUUUAAUUUUCUGUU